AUGAUCAAGCCUCCUGAUGGCACUAAAUGGAAAGUGUUUUGGAAAAACAUCAAUGGUGACAUUUGGUUUGAAAAAGGUUGGAAAACCUUUACUCGAAAUUACUCCCUUCAACAUGGUUGUUUGGUAGUCUUUAAAUAUAAAGAAAGAACUUCAGAGUUAGAUGUACUAAUUAUUGGCCAGAAUGGAGUAGAAAUUGAUUAUGAUUCUUCAUGUAACACUCUUGCUGAAACUGACAAUCCUGAUCAUUGUGAUGAUGAAUCCAUUGAGAUCUUGAAUGUUGAUGAUAGUGAUGAUGAAUCAGUUGAGAUUUUGAAUGAAUGUCUUAAUAAGAAGAAGACUAGACCAAACUCACCAUUAGUUUCUCCUAGACCAUGUGAGAUUAAGAAGACUAUUGGAAAAACUACAUCAUUGAAUUGGCCAAGAGAAAAUAGAGCUCAAGAAGUAGCUGCAAAAUUCAUCUCAAGCAAUCCUUUUUUCACUGUUCUCAUAAAACCUAAUCAUCUCUUACAUUAUGUGUUGACUGUACCAAAUUUAGAAGGGGUUAUUGAGAACGAAGAGAAGAAUCUGAUUCUGCAGAUUGGGAAAACAUCAUGGAAUGUGAAAUUGCUUCGAUUUAAGAAGAAUUCAAACUCUCGCUUCCUAUCAGCUGGUUGGUCCUUAUUUGCAAGUGAAAAUCGACUGCAACCGGGAGAUGUUUGUGUCUUUGAACUGAUAAACAAAGAGGAUUUAGUUCUUAAAGUUCAUGUUUUCUGA